AUGUCUAUCAUGAUCAGACUAGCAUUUGCGAUCGCCUUUCUGGCUUUCGCGACCGCAGCCGCUUCUGAUCAGAAUGGCUCAUCAGCCGUGGAUUGGAAGCAUACGCCUGAUGUCAAACUUCAAGUCAAUCUCGUAUUUCGCGUACUCUUUGCCAUCCUCGGUACUGGGCUCUGUUGGCCUCCGCUUCGAGCCAUGUGGCGCCAUCGUGACAUCCCGGGCGUUACACUCAUCGUAGUCGUCGGCAUCAUGAAUCUGUUCACCGUUCUGAAUUCGAUGAUUUGGAGCCAUGAUAACUGGGACGACUGGUGGGACGGCCAGGGCUUCUGUGAUAUACAGAUAUAUCUAGCGAUGCCGUUGAGGACCAUCUACGCGGCUACGAUAUUCGACACCGUGUACGAGUUGUCGCGCAAGUUCGACCUCAGAAGAGCAGUGGUACUCAGUCCUCAGGAACGGAGAAAUCGAGUGUGGAAACAAGUUGCCAUCAUCUUUGUAGCCCCUGCCGUCCAGCUGGUCAUGACGUACUUCAUCACAUCACAGCGGUACGAAAUCGGCACUCUUGUCGGCUGUACUGCUGUGUACGACGAUAGCUGGCCCACGAUUCUACUGGUCGAUGUGCCCAUUCCGGUCUACGUGGUAUUAGCUAUCCCGUAUACUUUCUACGCUUACUUGCGCUUCAGACGGUACUCUAAAAGAAGCAGAUUGGCAAUCGAGUCUAACAGCGCUUCGGCAUCUCGUCACAUUCGACUACGUCGUCGCUUAUACAAUGUCACGGCAUUGAUCAUGCUCAUUUAUGGCCCGAUCUCUCUCUUUCUCCUCGGCGAAAACAUUCGCAUGGCAGUGAAUUAUCCGCCUACCCCGUAUGAUUUCGAGCGAAUACACAGCAACACCCAGCAGUAUCCGUGGAACUCCGUCAUCUUCACGCCGUCUUGGGGUAUCAACUGGCUGGAGAUGAACCAGGCGUGGUUUUCCAUCCUGACGACCGUGGCCAUCGUCGCUUUCUUUGGCACCAGCGAGGAGUGUUCCCCCGUGUACUGUAGAUACAUGACAUGGCUGGGUUUGGGGCGCUGCUUCCCGAGUCUUCGACUGCAAGCGGCUUCUGCUCCUCCCGAGCCCGGAGAAGAUGAGCAUCCUGACGACUUACUUCGUCACGGAAUUGAGCUUGUGGAAAUGGGAGCCGGAAACGGGGUAGUAGUAGCCGAGCGAAAUAUGCCCCCUUACUCCCAUGAAGAACCCGGCUCGGAGCCUGGCUCAGAGAACGGCUCAGACAACGACACAGACGAGAUCCUAUCUUCGCGCCCGAUGACACCGCAGCGAACCUUACCACCGCCGUCGAUAUCUACGUCUCCAACGGUAUCCCUCUCCCAAUUCCCGAUGCCCCCGCUGCGCCGCCCCUUACCCAUGCCCGUGGCCCACGUCCUCGACAACAGCAUCAGACGAAACAUAAACCUGCCCGGAAGUCCCCUCGAGCGCCUCCCCAUCCAAGCUGUGAUCCCCGACCGCCGCUCAUCCCUUUUUCAGACCCCCCCUCCCCCUCCCCGCGUCCCCGCCAACGGCCCCCGUCGACGCCGCUCCUCGAACGCCGGACGACCCUCGCGUACCCGCUCCAACCGCUCGGACUCCCAGCCGAUCCUCGCCACGACCAGCGCCUCCACCCCGGCCGUAGAAGAAGGAGGCGCCACCACCAUGGACUCCCCGCGCAGCUCGCACGAAGCCGUCCAGCCGCGCGAUCUGCUGGACAACGAGUCGAGCUGGAGCGGCUCUCACGCCCAUCACCCUGGUGGCCCCGCUCGUCCCGCCCGUCCUCUGACCGCCGACACCGUGGUAUGGCCGUUCUUCCCGCGCAGCAACUCGGCGUCGUCCUUCGUCCUGCCCCGCGAAACGACUGCCAGCGCCGCUGCUGCUGCUGCUGCUCGCCGCGUCUCCGUCGCCGCUAACGAGAGCCCCGCGCGCUCGACCAACGGCCACUACGUGCGCGUGCAGAUCACGGGGGCCUUCGAGCCGACGCUCCCGCUCCCGCGGCCGCCACCUCCCGCCGCCACAGCAACGGGACGAGUCGGACGAGGGAGGCGGAUCCCGAGGGAGGUGAUGAAUCGCGUUGGACGACGGGCUUCGGGGAACGGUGGUGAUAAUAGCAACAACAAUAACAACAACAGCAGUAGCAGCAGCAACAACAACAACUGA